GCCAAGAGCACAGAAACAGAGAGAGAGAGCGAGUCAGACGAAGAAACAGCUCCCUCUACUAACUGCUACCAAAUUGCCAAAACUAGAUCCCUUACUAUAAAUAUAUACGAUAUAAAACCAAACCCAUCUCUCUCUCUUUGUUUCAUUUCCUCUCUCUUUCUCAUUCCUCCUCCUUCUUCUAAGGCAUACAUACAGGCGCAGCUCUCCAGUUUAGAAAUGGAAACCUUCCUCUACACAUCUGAAUCUGUCAAUGAGGGCCAUCCUGACAAACUCUGCGAUCAAGUCUCAGAUGCCAUCCUUGAUGCCUGCCUAGAACAAGACCCAGAGAGCAAAGUUGCCUGUGAAACAUGCACAAAGACCAACAUGGUGAUGGUCUUUGGUGAGAUCACGACCAAGGCUAAAGUAGAUUAUGAGAAAAUAGUUAGAGAUACUUGCAGAGGCAUUGGGUUUGUGUCAGCUGACGUAGGCCUUGAUGCUGACAAGUGCAAUGUCCUUGUCAAUAUUGAGCAACAAAGCCCUGACAUUGCUCAAGGAGUUCAUGGCCAUCUCACAAAGAAACCUGAGGAAAUUGGAGCUGGUGAUCAAGGCCACAUGUUUGGCUAUGCCACAGAUGAAACACCUGAGUUAAUGCCUCUAACUCAUGUCCUUGCUACCAAACUUGGUGCCAAGCUCACUGAGGUCAGAAAAAAUAAAACAUGCCCAUGGCUGAGGCCUGAUGGUAAGACUCAAGUGACUGUUGAGUAUCAGAAUGAGAAUGGAGCCAUGGUCCCUAUCCGGGUGCACACAGUUCUUAUCUCAACUCAACAUGACGAGACUGUGACAAAUGAUGAAAUUGCCAAAGAUUUGAAGGAGCAUGUGAUUAAACCUGUCAUCCCAUCCAAGUAUCUUGAUGAUAAUACCAUUUUCCACCUUAACCCUUCAGGUAGGUUUGUCAUUGGUGGACCUCAUGGAGAUGCAGGACUUACUGGCAGGAAGAUUAUCAUUGAUACCUAUGGUGGGUGGGGUGCUCAUGGUGGAGGUGCUUUCUCAGGGAAGGACCCAACCAAGGUGGACCGCAGUGGUGCAUAUAUUGUUAGGCAGGCAGCAAAGAGUGUGGUGGCUUCAGGGCUUGCUAGACGCUGUAUUGUGCAGGUUUCUUAUGCAAUUGGUGUGCCAGAACCACUGUCAGUGUUUGUGGACUCCUACAAAACAGGGAAGAUUCCAGACAGGGAUAUUUUAGCUCUGAUUAAGGAGAAUUUUGACUUCAGGCCAGGAAUGAUGGCCAUCAAUCUAGAUCUUAAGAGAGGAGGAAACUUCAGGUUUCAGAAGACCGCUGCUUAUGGUCAUUUCGGCCGUGAAGACCCAGAUUUCACAUGGGAGACUGUGAAGCUUCUCAAGCCCAAAGCUUGAGCAAGCAAGCAAGUUUUUUGCGGAUGGUUAUUAUCAUAGCCAUUAUUAUCCUCGCAGGAAAUGAAUAAGGAGGCUUGGAUGCAUACAUCAGAUGAUGAGGAUGAAUAUCACAGCCCUGAUAAGAAGACGGAAGAGAUGUGUGCUUUAAGUUGAGGUGUUAGCAAACAUAGGAACCUACAGCUUUUGCUUCAUCUGUCAUUGUCUUUUAUUCAUUUUUUUCGCCUUUUUUUUUUUUUUUCCUUUCAUUCUGCAAAUAUUGUUUCCGCAACCACCUGCAUUGUCUAUGAUGACUCUAUAAUGUCAUUUAUUUGAAUGGAUCAAUCUUGAAUUUACUAUA